AUGAGCAUGGGGGCAGCUGUCACUGAUGAGCGCUGCCGCGCCCUCCGAGUAAAGCUCAACAAGCACUGCUACCAUCAGACCCUCAGCGAAGACUCCGUGCUCUUGGUCGAAACGAUGUUGAACGAUUUGAUCGCUUCGACAGCGGGCCUCAAUGACUUGAAACGCCGGGACACGGAGGGCACCGAGCGUCUGCAGUCCCUCAUCUCGGAGCUCGAGGUCUUCCGCAUUGAGAACCCCCGCCUCCAAGCAGAGAACAAUGCGCUGCACCUGCAGAUCAUCGAGUCGGACGAGGCCACUGAAACAUGGGAGGACUCCGUCCGCACUGCCGUGCGGAAGCUGGAGGACGAGAUCGAGGCUGUCAAACUGACACUGCAGAAGGAGGCAUCUGCGCAGCAGCUACACGCUAUCGAACUUGAAAGGACCGAUAUUGCCCGUCUUCAUGAGCAUGUCUGCCUACAAACGCGGGAGUACGAGGUGGCGCUCCAGCGUUUGCAGCAUGACCGUGAGCGAGCUCGGCGUGCUGCAGGUGAACUUGCCAAAGAAGUCCAGCGCAUCAAGGGCUUGGAGGACACCUGGCAUGGCAGCGCCGAGCAAUGCCAGCUGGACAUGCGGGUCAUGCAGGAGCAACUGGCGGAGAUCGCGCAGCGCAUCCAGCGCAGUGAGCAGACGCAGCGAGAAGCCCUGGAGGCGGACGCGAAGCUGAAGGGGGAUGUUGCUGCUGCCACUGCUGCUGCCCAAGGUGCCGACCACAGUCAGGCGUCCCAGGCGCAGCAAGUCGCUGCUCUUCGGCUGAGGCGACAUCAGUUGCAGACUGCAGUCCAACAGGCUCGCGGCGAAGCUGCGACCCAGCACCGGUUGGCGGAGCAGGAGCGACACCAGGUGAGACGUUUGGAGGCCUUGUUGGAGGGCGGUCAGAUGAAGCUGCAACGCAGCACUGCGGACCUUGAGGCCUUGCGAAGGUGUUUGGAACAUCAGCGUUCUCCAGCUGCUCUAGGGAGCUCUGUGCAGGAGUCCCCGUCUGUCAACGAGCUGAAGCAGCAGGUGGAGCGAGAGUACAGCAAGGUGGGGGAGCUGGAUGCAGAGCAGCAGAGCCUGCAAGCCGAGGUCCUGCGCCUGCGAGCAGAGCUACGACGACUCAAAGGGCUAAAACCGACUUAG